AGGCGUUCAUUGGUCGAUACUUCAGUCACAUGCCAAGCACGCAAUUUUUCGCGCGAAAGGUAGAAAGUGCAGCGACGCAAUCCGUUGUACUAGACAACCUUUUUUUGUUAGCGACGUGUAAAAGACAACUAGCUAUAUCACUACACUAUAGCGCACCUUCGUUUAUAUUAAACUGCUUGAAAUUUGAUCAACUUGCCCGUUCGACUCUUAUCAGACGAGUGGCUGUCUCUUUUCUGUCUGCAAUUAUGGUCAGCUACUUUACAAGAUUGAGAGUGAGACGUAUCUACAAAUGGGGCGGAAGACCUUAUAACUUCGACAGAAAGUUAAAGACUUAUGACUUUGAGUACUUGAACAUGAGCGUGGAGGAUCAGGAAGCAGUCACCACUGUAACACCUGGCCAGUACAUCCUCAUUGAGGGAAAUGAUGAUGACAACCCCUUCGUUGCCAAGCUUCUCAAGUUCUUUGGUGAUGAGUCCCACAAGCAGAAGAAGGCGCUGGUGCAGUGGUUCUUGCGCUUGUCUGAGGUGCCCCAAAAUAAGAUGAUGUUGCUGGGCAGGAGCCCCCAUCCCCAGGAGAUCUUCUACUACCUGGGACGUGCCUGUGACGAUGAGAUCAACGCAGAAUCCAUCCUUGGCACUGUACAUGUCCAGCACAUCCCUGAAGAUGCUCCUUUUCCAGAGCCUGGAACCAAGGACACCCUCUAUGUAAAGCUGUCCUGGGACACCAAGGCCUUCAAUGUCUUAGACCCUGUCCUGAUGCAGGAUACCCCUGCCUCAACCCCUCCCAAACCUGCUCUCCCUCUGUUUCCCCCCUGUGCUUCCCCCGCGCCAACCCCUGUGUCUCGGGGCCCAGUGCGUCGUGCCCUGCCCACCCCAGACCCCACAGUGAUGAGGAGAGCAGGGUCUGUGUCUGACACUAGAGCCACCAUGAGCGCCGGGAAGAUGGGUACCCUUGAGGCAGAGUCGAUCCACUCUGCCUCCAAGCUCUCUGCCUCUAAAAUCCUGAGCGCCAAGAGGAGGGGCAGCGCUGCAGACACACCGGGUGUACGCAAGAAACUACAGCUCAGCAUCGGGACCAGUCCAGGGAAGAGAAUGACCAGAGCAGAUGUCCUCUGUGAGCUCUUGGAUGAAGAGGUGGAGUCAGAGAAAGUUAUGUCCCUCAAACUGAGCUCCUCAGUUUCACACUCCCUCCGGCAUGGCUGCAGCCUCUCUCCCGUGAGAAGUGGCUGCAAGACCCCUAACGGCCAGAGGGGGUUCCCCUGGAAGCUCGCCUCGAUCAGCCUGGACAGACUGUCUCCGACUGCCCUGGGAGAACAGGACUUCUCCAGUGACCUGUUGCUGGCUGUGACUACCCUGGCCCUAGAGGAUGAGGUAUUUGAGGCAGGGUUACCUACAGACUCUGGCUCUGCCAAGACCCCCAAGAAGAGACAGGCCACCCCCAGGAGGAACUAUGUUAGAGGACAGAAAGCUACCACCCCCUCCAGGAGGAAGGAGUCUGCCAUGGCCAUUAGAGAGCCUGCUCUGGGGGUGCUGGCGGAGGAGGACUCUGAGUACUCUCCCAUGCAGCCGAUUGCCAUGACUCCUCGCUCCAAGAGGAAGUCAGCCCAGCUGGUGUUGUCACGCAUCAGGAAGCAGUUGAAUAUGUUGAACAAUACCGAAGAGCUGAGCUCCGAUGGAGAUGAUGACUGUUUCGUUCCCUCCAAGAAGGCCCUACAGAUCAGCAGCGAUGAAGAGAAGACAGACAGUGAGGAAGAGACCGUGGUGAGGAAGAUCAGAGGAAGAAAUUGCAAGAUCCCCGCCAGGACCCCACGCAAAACGCCCAGCAAGAAGGCCACCCCCAGUACCCCCCGGACCCCCUGUCAUGCCACCCCCAGUACCCCCCGGACCCCCCGUCAUGCCACCCCCAGUACCCCCCGGACCCCCCGUCAUGCCACUCCCAGUAUUCCCAGCCGGACUGUUCCAGCCAGGCAGCCUGGGAACAUCCUGGAGGAGGCCAGGGCUAGGCUGCAUGUGUCGUCAGUACCAGAGUCUCUUCCCUGUAGGGAGCAGGAGUUCCAGGAUAUCUAUGACUUUGUGGAGAGCAAGGUUAUGGAUGGGACCGGAGGGUGUAUGUACAUCUCUGGUGUUCCGGGAACUGGGAAAACUGCCACCAUCCACGAGGUUAUCCGGUGUCUACAGCAGGCCUCUGAUAAGGAUGAAAUCCCCACGUUCCGAUUCAUCGAGAUCAACGGCAUGAAAAUGACCGACCCUCAUCAAGCCUACGUCCAGAUUCUACAGAAACUGACGGGCCAGAAGGUGACCGCUGACCACGCAGCAGCCCUAUUGGAGAAGAGGUUCAGUAACCCCACCCCCAAGAAGGAGACCACCGUGCUACUGGUGGACGAGCUGGACCUUCUGUGGACCCGGAAGCAGAAUGUCAUGUACAACCUGUUUGAUUGGCCGACAAGGCGCCACGCCCGCCUGGUGGUGCUGACCAUCGCCAACACCAUGGACCUGCCUGAGCGGAUCAUGAUCAACAGAGUGGCCAGCAGACUGGGCCUGACCAGGAUGUCGUUCCAGCCCUACAGCUUCAAGCAGCUGCAGCAGAUCAUCACGUCCAGACUGAUCAUGGUCAAGGCCUUCGAGGAGGACGCUAUGCAGCUGGUCUCCAGAAAGGUGGCAGCGUUGUCAGGAGACGCUCGGCGCUGUCUGGACAUCUGUCGCCGCGCCACUGAGAUUUGCGAACACUCCGCCUCGCACCCGUCCUCUGUGGGAUUGGUGAGAAUGAGUCAUGUGAUGGAGGCGCUGGAUGAGAUGUUCUCCUCCUCCUACAUCACGGCCAUCAGGUGUGCAUCGUUGCAGGAGCAGCUCUUCCUGAGGGCGGUCAUUGCUGAGUUCAGGCGGCAGGGACUGGAGGAGGCCACCUUCCAACAGGUGUUUGUGCAGCACCAGGCUCUGAGUCGUGUGGAGGGCCUGCAGCCCAUCAGUGUGUCAGAGGGUCUGGCCAUGUGUCAGCGUCUGGGUGCGUGUCGUCUGCUGCUGCUGGAGGCCAGCCAUCUAGACAUGCUACAGCGGGUCAGACUCAACGUCAGCCAGGAUGACGUGCUCUACGCACUCAAAGCUGUCAGAGACUGAAGACCAUCGGGGGUCCUAAGGUACAGGGAUGAGGAUGAGGGUCUUAUUGGGGCCUAGAAGGGAACCUGCUCCAUCACAACCAGUCAACUUGGUCAGUUUGAUUUUCAACAACCAAGAUCCCUCUCUAACUACAACUCAUCAGGACCACCGUUGGACCACAUAGUCCCACGCCUCAACCACUGCCAAUACUACUGUACCACUCGGGAAUGGGAGUCCCACUGACACCUUGUCUUUGUCCACGGUGGGUCUUUUUAGAGGCUCAGUUUUGUUUGUUGCCAUCUUCUGAGAGAGGUUUUAGGAAAUCUGUUUUAGUUUUCUUUUACAAAUGCUUUUCAAUGUCAUUGUUGUCAGAACAUCAUUUUUGGAAGCUCUUGAAGGGGAAACUGGCAGUGCACUUGAACAUUUGAUGGAGUUCUGUCAUAAUUCAAGAACACAAAUCAUGAUUUCUAUUAUAUUGGUUUUACGUUUGUUUACUGAAAAUUGCCCUUGUUACAAACUUUUGUAAGGAUAUUUAGGUCUGGUUUUAACUCAUUGUGUUGAUGGGAGGAGGGCUAACUUCCCAUCACAGUUAGCAAUUUGGCUUUCCUCUUUAUCCUUAUUCAAGCAUUUUAAUGUUGCUGUUGUUGGUUUUAGGAUGUUCUUCAUUAUUGUUGUGUGAAUAUUGUAUCUACCAGUAAUAAAGAUAUUUAAUAACAAUA